AUGGAUUCAACCAAAGAGCCCAAGUCCUACAGAGACCAGCAACGAAUAGCCGCUCUUCGCGCUUCGAUUGCAAGUCUAGAAGCCAAGCACACACGACUCGAAACUGAUUUAACUGCAGUGAAUGUCCAGCUCAUUGGCAAUCCUGAUGACACGUGCAAACGCUAUACCCAGCUUUUGCAUGAGUACAAUGAUAUCAAAGAUGUUGGACAGGGAUUGAUGGGACUUCUUGCUGAAGCGCGGGGCGUGAGACAGGUUGAGGUGGAGAGGGAGUUUGGGGUUUCGGAGGAGGAUUGA